AUGUUGAUGCUGAUGGACAAAAUUUGCUAAAAAGUCGUUAAAGCAGAUUUCGAAGAAUUGGGAAACUGCCGAGUGAAGAAAUGCUCACUGACGAAGGGAUUGUUAAAGCAGAUGUUGGAGAACGACACCCUCUCUCCACACAUCAAAGUUAUAUUGGCAUCUAUUGGAGAAGAGUGCCGUAACUGAGGACUUACUCCAGCGCAAUCAUGAUUUGGAGGAUGAACUUCGUGUUCAACGCUGAAAACGAACGUCUCGAAAAAGAAGUCUAUUUGUUGAAGACGGCCUUGGAUAAGGAAAAUGAGUCAGUAGUUAUUUUUGGUGAAAAUGCUGAUCCUAGUACUGCUGUUCGCUUAUCCUCUGAUGCUGUUAUUAAGAAAAUUUUAUUGUUCCUCUCAAAUGAAUGUAUACCUCUCUUUCUUUCGCAUGGCGGCAACUACUUUCUCGUGCAUCCAUAGCUCUUCGGUCGAUUUUUAUUGUUUUGAGUUGCUUUUGCUUGCUUCCCGUUGUUCAUUUUCACACGAAUCAGUCGUAUAA